AACCAGGAACAUUAAAUAGUAAAUGAAAAGGAAGAUAAGUAAUGAAUUUAAAUGUGGAAUUGUCUCUGUGAAUGAUUUAAUAGAUUCUGCACCUCUAUUAAGAUUUUUAUCAAUAAUAUUUCAUUAAAUUGGAGACACAAAUUAUGGUUAAGAGUAGUUCUGAUGUCAUUUAUACUUCAAAGUGAUGUUUCCGCCAUAUUGAAUGUUGUGUGUGUAGAGAAAAUAACAAAAAGUGUAGUGUCAUCACAGAUAUUUCUGACCCGUAAUUUACUGUGAUAGGUUUUAUUAAGAUAAUUAAAAUUUUCGUAAUAUAUUUGUAUCGUACUGAUAAAUCUUAGCAAAAGUGACCAGGUGAUUGAAAGUGUUCAUGAAGGAACAUUAUAUUCAAAGGUAUCAGUAGAAGGUUUGUCGGAAUUAACAAUCGUCGAUAUCUGCCCAAAGUGCCGCAAAAAUGAGACGAAAUUCGCACGAUAUGCAAGUGAAUGUCGCUGGCAUCAGGCGAAACAUCAAGAAUUUCGCCCACAAUUACUCCGAUGCUCAAAAGAAAGUAAGAGAAGCGACCUCUAACGAUCCAUGGGGUCCGAGCAGUACCAUAAUGGCGGAAAUUGCCGAUCUCACAUACAAUGUGGUGGCCUUCAGCGAAAUAAUGCAAAUGAUAUGGAAGAGACUUAAUGAUCACGGCAGAAACUGGCGUCAUGUUUACAAAGCUUUAGUUCUUUUAGAAUACCUAAUUAAGACAGGAUCCGAAAAAGUAGGUCAGCAGUGCAAAGAAAACAUAUUUGCCAUUCAAACGUUAAAGGAUUUUCAAUACUUGGAGGAAGGUAAAGAUCAAGGACAGAACGUGAGAGAGAAAGCAAAGCAAUUGGUAAUAUUAUUAAAAGACGACGAAAGACUGAAAAAUGAACGAGCGCGAGCAUUAAAAGCCAAAGAGCGAUUCGCGCAAAGUGCUAGCGCAUUCGGCAGUGAUGGAAUGGAAACACCUAGCAGUCCGAAAUAUCCGGCUUUCAGAGGUGACUGGGGAUCUAGAGAUGCAGUCGAUUUACCCAGAGAUAUAGAAAUCGCAAGGCCUCAAACCGCAGGCGAGGAAGAACUCCAGUUACAGUUAGCCUUGGCGAUGUCUCGAGAAGAAGCAGACCAGGAAGAACAAAAGAGGAAAUCGGAUGAUGUUCGGCUCCAGUUAGCAUUAAGUCAGAGCCAGCAAGAUUUCAAAACAACCCAAGAUAAGAGAAAGCACGAAGACAGCCAUUUAGUGGACUUAUUAGAUGUUAAUUUGGGCGGAGAUCAAGCACCAGUCGAUCCUUGGGGUAUGCCGCAACCUCCACGGCCACAGUCGUUGGAUUUAAGUUUCUUUGAUUUUUAUUCGCCGGUGCAAACAUCGCCUUGGCACCCUUCUUCACUAUCAUCGCCACCUGAAGUACCUUUAGCGAGUCCUUGGACCGGGGCCACUGGCACUACUACACAAAAAACAGACCCAUGGGGGGUACCGGUUGUCCCCCCAAACAUCAGCACUUCGCCGGUCCCGCCCACCCCCAAGCAAGAUCCCUGGUCCCCCGCCAGCCAGAGCUCAACGGACUUGGACGAGUUUGAUAUAAUUUCAAAUAGAAAUAAAGUAUCUACGUCCCCGAAAACGAACGGAAGCGGCCCUGAUCCUUUCGAGUUAAACUUGUUAGGCGACAGUCUACCUACUAAUACAACGACAGACAGUGAAGGCAACACAUCGACGGGUACCACCAAAAAGACGCCCCUAAGUUUUCUCGGAGAAAAUUCGGCAUUAGUGAAUUUAGAUAAUCUUGUAACAAAAUCUACCGAAGAGAACUGGUUGCCGGUAAAAAGUUACAGUAAACCCGCCAACCCAACACUGGUGGCGAAUCCUUUCUCAGAUCCAGCAAUAAACAACCCACCCAGACAAGUGUUUAACACACCUCCCCCGAAACCGUCCAUCAACGAGAUGAAGCAACAAACGUUCGCACCCUUUGGUGUCUCAGCACCAGCUCAGAGCUUUUCACCCGUUCCUACCCAGCCCAUCGGAUCAACUGCGGCCUUCGGUGGACAGUUCUCAGGAACUGCCACACAGCAAGCUUUCGGCGGUACCAACGGCGGAGUGUUUGCUGCCUCCUCUGUAACCCCUGAUCCUUGGACUCCUGUUGUAAAUAGUAACGGUACGUCUACAAAUUCACCAUGGACGAAGAGCAACGAGCCUGCAAACCCGUUUUUGUCCUAACACUAUGUCGAUGGCUGUAAAAUAUCCAUUGGUAUAGAGGCAGGUAUUACUAUCACAUUCAACAAACCUAUUGGUGCGAUACAUGCUAGUUGCUUUAAAAUCUUUAUUACAGGAGAAUUCUUAUACAAUUUGAAUGUUUCGAAAUAUCUUUAUAUAUUUUUAUAACAAAAACUGCUUUUGCUUAAAAAAAUACGUUAUAUUUAUGUAUGUUUCUUUUUCUUUGUAAUCGACAAGUUGCUCAUUUUACCCUGUACAUUGAUUGGCACGCUAAAACAAGUUUUUAUUAUAAACAUAUCCUAUAAAUUAUGUUAAAAUGCGAUUUCUUGCUUACUGUGCUUCAUUCUUUGCUCGGUGGUUUAAAUAAUAUGAAGACUUGCUAUUCAACUAUUCAAAACAAUUUGGCAGCAGUUUUUGUAGCCUAGCGUGCGACGAGAAGAAUAUUUUUGACUUCUUGAGUAAUUGACGCCUUAAAUAAUAUCUCCUAAAGAUGGUAACAUGUCAGAUGUCACGUACUUAUCAACGGCUCUUUGGCACUUCAGUAACAUACAGCCUCAUUUAAAUCUACAGAUGAUGGUUGAUAAUUGGUUAUCAACCAAAUAUCAAUUAAAUAUCGGUUUUAAGACGCUUAUUGUUUUUAUAUUUUUAUAUAGACAUAUGGAAAAAACGGUCUAACAAUGAACGUCAAGAAGACAAAGUUUAUGAGAAUAUCGAAAACUCAAAGAAAUAAGGGGAAUCUCUUCAUAAACGGAUCCAAUAUCUAACGAGUCAAACAAUAUGCAUACCUUGGAACAAUGAUCAACCCACAGGAGAUUUACUUACAGGAAAUCAAAAUCAGAAUAGAAAAGGCUAGAGCAAAUCUGAACAAAAUCAGAAAAUUGCACAUGAGAUUUGAAGUUGGAGCUAAUAGUUAGGUUGGCUAGGUGCUACGUUUUCUCGACUUUGUUUUAUGGAAUGGAAGCUUGGACCUUGAAUGCUGUAUCAAUGAAAAAACUAGAAUCAUUCCAGCUGUGGGUCUACAGAAGAAUUCUGGAAAUAUCGUGGACAGUCACAAACAAAGAGGUUCUGAGAAAGAUGAAUAAAGAAAUGGAAAUCUUAAAUACCAUCAAAACAAGAAAAUUGGAAUAUUUCGGACAUAUUACACGCGGAGAGAGAGAUACAACAUGCUCCAAUUGAUGAUGCAGGGAAAGAUUCAAGGAAAAAGAAGCAUAGGGAGACGCAGAAUAUAGUAGAUGCGCAACCUGAGGGUGGUACGGAUGUACAUCAAAUGAACUUUUCAGAGCAGCCGUCUCUAAAAUUCGAAUAGCUAUGAUGAUUGCCAACAUCUGUCGUGGAGAUGGCACUUAAAGAAGAUGGAAAAAAAGGAUGGUUCUUUAUUAGCCCUUGAAAUCUUCCAAAACUUUGAUUCAUUAUUUGCCGUUUCUGGAUUACAGACUAUAGCCUAAUUUACAUCCAAAACUAUGGUUGACAGAUGUUGAAAGGGUUGAUGGGUAUCAGGUCGAAAUUUUCAACUAAUUGUAACCAUAGACAUAUUAACCAUAGACCAGGCUAGGUAUAUGCAUCGGAGUGUAACGCCAAUAUCAAGUACAGUGGUCUAGUUAUCUUUGUUUGUCGUACGAGUGUGAGCGUAUCUACCAAGAGGUGGGAGUAAUGGAACGACACAGACACAGAGUUACAGCGGCAGCGGCCAUCAUAUACUAGAGACAGAAAGCUAAGCGCCGGUAGAGAGAGAUAGAUUCUGACUUGGCCUAAUCUAUGUAUUAUUAUAUCUAUAAUUGUAACCCCCAAUUGGAAGAAUGACCAACAAUAGGGAUUUUCAUUCACAGUCAUUUGUUUCGAGCUUCUGUCAGAUGUCGUAUAAUAUUCAUAUUAUACACCGAUUGUACAGCAUGUGACAGAAGCUCGAAACAAAUGACAAUCGAUGAAAAGCCCUAUUAUUGCCAAAGAUGGCGGUAGGAUUUCAGGUGAUUAUAAAAUGUCAAGUAGCUGUCAUUUGUCAUGCGUCUGUCUGAUGGCAGUCAAUUGAUCGACCGAAAAUAAAGAAAUUUAGUACUUAUAGUGAGUUUUGGAACCAAACAGCGUAUACUGAAACCACCGAGUUAGGAAUAAGAUUAGACUGAAGUUUGUAAAAGACAGAAGAAUGAUAUUAAGUCAGAAACCUCAAUAAUAGAGUUGUCAAUUAAAAAAACUUUAAUCAAUCAGCCGACUUGAUACAUAUUCAUUUUAUAAUAACAACUUAAAAAUAUUAUGCAUCUAUUCAUGUUUAUUGAGUUUUCUGCUAAUAUUAGACUAUUCAAGUACAUAAAUUAGCGAAAAAGUUGCUUUACAUUUUGUGCAUCUACACAUUUUGUUUCCGUCACGUUUGUAUCACUGAACUGAAAAUGUGUAAACAGGAGAGAAAAUAUUUUAUUUAUUGUUAUCACUGAAGGUUUCAUUUAUACAGGAUGUUCAAUUAAAGCAGAGAAAGUCGGUAUCUUGGUUGUACUGAGAAGUUUUUGUUCUGUUAUAGAAGUUAUAGGUUGUGGUGUUAUUGGAAAUUUAUUGGAGGGUUGAGUUCUGGAAGAUUGAAUUAAGAGCCUAGAACUGGUGAAAAAGGAGAACUUGUUAAUAUACUUAUUUUUGUAUAGUUCUUGUUCGUUUUUGUUCCGUUUGUUAUCUUUUCUUUCUGUUAGAUCAGUUUCUAGGAACACGGUGUUCAAGGAUGUCUUUAGAAGUCUAUAACUGAAGAAGUAUUGCAUGUUUUUAAGGAAACAUUAGAUAAUGCAUUAGUAACAACAUUAGAUAUGCGGAUAACACUGUCAUCUUAGCUGAAAAUAUUGGAGAUCUUCAGAGGCUGGUGACCAGAAUAGCGGAGUUUGGACAAGAAUAAGGUUUAAUAUUGAACGUCAAGAAGACAAAUUUAUGAGAAUAUCGAAAACUCAAAUAAAUAACGAGAAUCUCUUCAUAAACGGAUUCUAUGUCGAACGAGUCGACCAAUAUGCAUAUCUUGGAACAAUGAUCAACUCCACAGGUGAUUACUUCCAGGAAAUCAGAAUAGAAAAGACUAGAGCAAAUUUUAACAACACGAGAAAAGUGCUCUGCACAAGAGAUUGGAAAGCUGGAGCUAAGAGUUAGGUUGGCUAGGUGCUACGUUUUCACCUAGCCAACCAAUCAUUCGAGCUGUGGGUGUACCUAAGAAUUCUGAAAAUAUCGCGCACAACACAUCACAAACAAAGAGGUUCUGAGAAAGAUGAAUAAAGAAACGGAGAUCUUAAAUACCAUCAAAACAAGAAAAUUAGAAUAUCUCGGACAUACUACAUGUGUAGAGAGGUACAACUUUCUCCAAUUGAUUAUGCAGGGAAAGAUUCAAGGAAAAGGAAGCAUAGAGAGACCCAGAGUAUCGUGGUUGCCUAACCUGAGAGAAUGGUACGGAUGUACGUCAAAUGAACUUUUCAGAGCAGCCGUCUCUUAAGUCCGAAUAGCUAUGAUGAUUGCCGACCUCCGUCGCGGAUAUGGCACUUAAGGAAUAAGACUAUUAUUUGAGGUCUACUCGAGAUGUAUGAUGUUAUCGUAGGCGUUUUGACGUCAUCACAGGCGUUGUGACGUCAUCAGAAAAGAUGAACUGGGGGAUAACAGAGUAGCUAGGUUAAAGGUUUUUUAUCCGAAAUUCAAGGGUGUACCAUAAUGAGGGUAUUACUGUAAAUAAUUUUGCUAAAUUUUCCUACAUUCACCAUAUGAAUAGCAUGUUUACUAUUGUAUCACCUUGCGGUAGACUACAAGGCAACCCACGACUCUCUAAAUAGAAGAUAAAUGUUCAGAGCAAUGAAAGAGCUAGGAGUAACAAAUCAGUUGGCAAGUUUACCAAAAGUAUCUCUUGAAAAAUUUGAAUGUAACGAAUCCAGGGAGACCCUCUCUCAUGUAUACUGUUCAAUCUGGCUCUGGCAAUUAAAGAAGCGGAUAUAAAAAUGGGUGUAAUAAUGUACACCAACAAAACGAAGUACACGCAACCAAAAAUCCUAAGGCCACUUGUUAUAGAAAACGUUACAGACCUUUCAAAACAUCUUCAAACAUCCUGUACGCUUUAUACCACUUAAAUAUCUUGCCUCUUUUUGUCCCGUAUUUUGACUAUAAGAUCUCUUUAGACAUUCCGUCAUGUAACAUGCGAGUUGCUACAUCUACGCUGACCUUAAAUACAGAUAUUAUUAUUAGGCCUGGAUCCCGCGUACCAAAAAAAGUUGAUUAAUAGCAAGCUGAAAAUUUGUUAAUAGCUUAACUGUGUCUAGUCGGACAAACUUUGAUACAUGGGAACACGAACAGGGGAAGGUUUAAUCGUGGAACGUGAUUUUACUUGAGGAACUUGUCAUCGUGACAAGUUUAUGAUUGUGAAAACUAGCAGGUUGUUUUUAAGUUCCAAUAGUAAACUUUAUAUAAUAUAUGAAAACAUUUUUGUCCGACAAAUAUAUUGGGCGUUUUAAUAAGUCCGACACGUAGAACAUUUUAAUUGACAGUAAUUAUGUUGGCGAUAAAUAGCAGUCUGAUUUUUGCAUGAGAGUUUAACCCCUUCUUGCCGGAUCGUCAUUCGGCAAGUCGGCUCCUAUAUACGGAUUCGAGCGUUUACCGAGCGGCUUCGCGCGGUCUGUUAAAAUACAGUAUCACACUACAACUAAUUAAAGUUAAUGUAAUAAUAACACUAAUUUUAGAAAUUAAACUAUUUUUAUUAAAUUUAUUAUUCUACAUAGUAUGUGAGUUAAAUUAAAUUUUAUCCAUAAAAUACCAUUUUAAACAAAAAUUAUUAAAAAAUAUAAACAAGAUAAUUCGGAUGGAAUUCCCCAGGUUAUUUUGUGCUUGAUAUCGUCCCAGUCUCCUAAUCUGGGAAAUUCCAUCUGAAUUAUCUUGCAAGGGAUAGUAAGGUAAGAUGUAAACAGCAGCACAGUAACUUCACCUCUCACACAAUCCCAUCAGUCAAACAUCCAAACAACCUUAUCACCAAUCAAAUUAACUAAAUCUAAUCUCCUUCUGGACAUCACCCACUCUUGGGCGUGGUUUACCCAUUUUUAGAUUUGAAUAAGGUAAUUCGGACGAAACAAAAAUACCUGAAAUAUGAUAAAGAUGGUGGCACCGCCUUAUGGCAAACGAAAACUCAUGAUGCACCCGUGUGCAUCACCGUACUGAGCAGACAGUCAAGCAUAAUGCACACGGGUGCAUCACUGUACCGAAGGGGUUAAUGAAAGGAUAACAAAUCAAUUGGAAGUUCUGUCUGACAAAAUACAUGGGACGUUUUCGUAAUCUGACGUUCUAAAUUUUUAAACUGUUCCACAAUUAAAACUUCCCCUGUUCCAGUGUUUUUGUACAUCAAAGUUUGUCUAACUAGACACCGUUAAGCUAUUAACAAAUUUUCAGCUUGCUAUUAAUCAACUUUUUUUUGGUACGCGAGAUCCAGGCUUAUAUUGACGAAUUUUGGUAGUACAAACUCCUUUGGUUGUCUUAUCAUUGCGAUACUUCAAGUCAUACUACUUGGAUGCAACAAUUGCAAACAUCUUCAACUGUGAACUGAAAUCGCUGUGCUGACAUUUUGAUUUUAAGAGUUUGAUCUAUUUUUUCUUAUGAUACCGUGUUCGAUACACUCCUGAAUCACCUGUUGUCAGGAUUUUUCUAGUCGUCGAUGACCUGAUUUUUUUACAGUUUCAUAGAAGAAGGAUAUAACAGUAACAUUUUUCUUGUCUACAAAUUCAUCCUAUUUCACUUGUUUUCAGACUAUAAUUUCAUGAAGACUUUUGAUUUUAUGAACGAGGGAAUGUUUUUAACGGACCUUAUCAAACGAAAUUAUAAUUUCUCUAUUCUCCGCUAUAAUAUUGUAUUUUUGUCAGUAAUAAGUACAAUAAAUGAACGAAUGUUUUUGUAGGAAAUAAAUGGGAAUGGUAUGAAGAUUAUAGUUAUUUGAUCUACGUGUUAACUAACUAACUGCCCUAGAAUAAGAAAAUAUGUUCAGUUUUUGGAGAGAGUUAAAUGUUUUCUUGAACAUGCCGAAGAACCAAAAGGGGUUUUUGCAAUCAAAAUACAGAAUUAUUGUAGAAUAAAUUAUUCAACAAAUACAUAAACUUUACCUUGAUCAGAUUAGUUUUUGGUUUUUUAUUAUUUUUAUUUUUUUUGUCAUUUCUUCUCAACACUAUCACAAUUACCUAUUGUAUAGUACAUGUCAUAUAGUCAAAUCAGAAAAGAUGUGCAAUGCUCAUGUUCAAAUGACUUUAAUUUCCUCUCUCCAAAGAAUGGCACGAAGGAAAGAAAAUUUAUACAGUCGAACCCGCUUAUUAGAGUACCGCUUAUAGGAAUAUCCCGGUUUAAGGAAUAGAAUUUUGAGAUCCCGGAACAUUUCCAUUUACUCCUUAAUAAAUUUAACCGUUUAUAGUGAUACGUUUUAGUAAAAUAAUCCCGCUUUAUCUAAUAAUCCUAAGUUACCAUAAACUUUUUAGGUACAAUUUCCCACAAAUUUCUAUGUUUUCUGGUUUUAUAGGACCUGUCGAUAAUAUUUUAUUUCUUACUUUAUUAUGGGUACCAAUUCUACCUUCCGCCAAACAUUUACCGAUCGUAAAGUAGGUACCUAAUUUUUCAAUUGUGUAAACAUUCUUAUUGCUCACUCACCGCCACGUCGUUGUCUGUUCAGAUUUUUAACACUUGGAAGUCAUAAAUAACCCCUUGUAAUAUAAUAACCGCUGAAAUUUUCUGGAGGGUAAAACCAAUGUCAAUUUUUUAUUUAUUAUAAUUUUAGAGCAACAAGUGACUAAUAUCGUUGAUUGAGGUAUUGGACCCAUAUUAAUAUUUCAAUCAACGCUAAUAUCUUAUGUAACAAAACAAAUAGUCUCAGAUUACCGAUUAUUUUUCCAGAAAAAAAGUAAGUCUGUUGGAUAUAUGUUAAUAAGAAAAUAUAUAUGUAUACGUAUAUCUACAUAUUGCAUACAUUUCAUACUUAUUUGUGUAGGUAUGCAUGCACAGAUAAUGUAGUUUGGUGUUUUAAUAAAAUAAGUAGUAGUUACACUAGGUACUGUAUUAUUGACAUAAAAAGAAAUAGAACCAUAUACAUAAUAUAUGUACAUAACGUAUGUAUGUACAUGUAAAUACAUACUAUGUACAUGUACAUACAGUAUGUACCUCUACAAAGUGUGUUGUACUAUUACGACGUAUAUUCGGUACAUAUAUUUCUGCUAGCCACCACUGAUCGGUUAUUAGAAUAUCCCGGUUAUAGGAAUAUUUUUGCUUGGCACGAAGUCUAUUCUAAUAAGCGGGUUCGACUGUAUAGCAAAGCCCUACAUUAACCAGAAUAAUACUGAAGAUAGAGCAAAAAAGCCAUUUUGCUAUAAUUUUAUUAUAUCUAGAUAAUUUAUUUUAGCUGUUAUUUCAUUUAAGUUUAUGUUGUACACAGAUAUUAUUUGAUUUACAGUAUUUACAGUCUUGGCAAUAUUCUAAAACUUUGAAUGUUUUAUUUUUAACAUAUUAUAUUAUUUGAUGUACAGUACAUAUUUUUUUCUGUUGGAGUUUAUUUCCCCAGAACUUAUACAUUAGACAUCGAGGCAACACUGUAGUGCUGUAAAUUGUGUGUAAGGAUGUGAUGUUAAGACAGCCGGUUUUUGGCCAAAUAAGGAUCGACUGGUGGUUAUAAUUGAGUGAUAUUUGGUAUCUUUUGAGUUUCCUAUUUAAAUAUUACACAAAACGGGUAAAUAAUCUCUUUACUAUUUCGAUUUUACUACUAUGUGCGGUAUUCUCAGUGUUGCCAAAUUGUUUCGACUCUUCAAAAGGAGCUAUGCUGGACAGAAGAGUUUAAGUACUGUAUAUAGUAAUUUUUCAGUGAGUUGUAAGUCACGCUGUUUCAGAUGUACAUAGUAUUAAAUAUUAAAAAUCUAUCAGAAAUAUAAAGUUAAUGGAAUUUGAAUAUAUAUAGUGAAAAAAAAACAAGUUAUGGGAGAAAUUUCGAAAGAAUAUUAAGUGCAAAGUACUUGUGAAAUAAAAAAAAAAUAGUAUGUAACACUUUGCCUUUUGAAUAAUAGUCUUUUAGAUGUGGCAGAUAACCAUAGCUAGGGGCACUAUUUUCUGGGUUGUAUUAUUAACCGCGGAAAAUAGAGAUUUCAACAGUAGAAAGGGAAACAAGUUUGGUGCCAAUAUCGCCAAUAUUUGGCACCAAAACAUUGAAUCUUACGGUCAGAGUAGUAUUUGUUUCAUUUUAACUUGGGGGUUCUUUCAAUCUUCAAUUAAUGUUUUCUUAAAAAAACCUAGAUAUUUUGACUUUGACACAUGACGUCUGUUAUUUGACAGAUGCCGUCCAUUAUUUGACAGAUGACGUUUAAAAUACACUUUUUGGCUUUGUCCUUAUAAACAUAGGCCACAUUGACUUGGCAACUCAGUGAAAAUACUAUAUUUUAUUGCCUCAGCAUUUCAAAUUUGAGAUACUGACGGAAAUUUAAAUUUUGUUAUUUAUUUUCGCAGUGCAGGUCAAGGAAAGCUGGUUUCUUUUUAAACUAGAAACCAAUAACCAAAGUUUUGAUUAAAAUUGCCGAGAAAUGCAUACUAUUUCAAUAAAAUGAUUUAUAUGUUUUUUAGCAUAUUUUGACAUUAGAUCUGAAAGCUAGAAGGUUAAUACAGUUUUUAGUUUGCUUAUUUAUGUAGUAUUAUUCCCAUAAAUGAUAUAGCAAAGAUUUCGCACCAUAUUCUGAUCUAUGGUGAAGGAAAGAUAUCUUUUUUCAUGAAUACAUCACAGCUUUUUUCCUUAGCGAUGCUCUCCUCCGUGAAUGUUGCUAAGAUAGUCGCCCACAAUGAUAUUAAGUAAUUUUCUACUAGCACAUGAAUUCAGCUUUCCUUGUCGUGACGUAUAUGGAAGAUUCUAUAGUUUCAAAAACAUGUAUUUUCUGUUCAAAUAUUUUAAACAUUUCUUAAUAUACGUUGAUGUUGUUCAUGAUAUAAAACGUAUAUACCUCGUACCUCGUAUAAAACGUAUAUAUAAAUAACCUCGUACUUCAAUCUUUUUAUCUGUAGUGUAAAAUACAUGCAUUUGAUCUGUUUGAAUUGACCUAGUGGGCCUAAUAAAUUCAAAAAUUGACUUAUUUAAGAAUGUCUGAAUAUUUUUGUAGAUUUUAUAUUCUCUAGAUUUCAUGAUGUCUGACCUAAACUUACGUGCAUAGAAAUCGGUCCACUUAAAAAUUUGGUCAUUUCUGAUGUCUGAUAUUUCCUAAACCUGUUGGCCGAUUUAAGUGAUUUUUUGAACAUGUUAUAGCCUGAUUUUUUAGCAAUACCGCCGUAAUAAGACUGUUGCUAAACAGGUAAAUUUUCAUUGUAUCCCGGGUGUACCAAUCAAACUGUGUUUUUUUCUCAAAGUUCGCGCAUCACCCUGUGGAAUAUUCUAGCAUUUAUAAAACACUGAAAUUAAAACCAUACAUAGCCUCAGAUUUUAUUAACAUUCUGUUUUUUGAUUCAUUCGUUUAUUAUUUUAACUAUUUAAUGGGAAAUAAGCCACAAUAUUAUUAAAAAAUGAUUUUUAUUAACGUUUCGACGCCCAAAUCGGGUGCCGUUGUCAAAAUACAAAAUACUACUAACAUAAACAAAAAUGUUGUUGCUUAGUAAAAAAAAUUCUUCUAAUAAUUUAUUUAAUUUGACUCAUUUAUAUCGGCAAUUCAGAUACAUAUGAUACAUUUUAAAGUAGAAGACUUUAAAAUGAUGUUACCAAUAUUUAUGAGUUGCGUUCCUGGGACGACUUUACUGAAAGAUAGUUCAUUCGAUUACUUGAAAUCAACCCCAACUCAAGAAUAUCUUUUAUUUUUUUAAUAAUAUUGUGGCUUAUUUCCCAUUAAAUAGUUAAAAUUGUAAAAAUGCCACAAGAAAAUAGCUUCAGAACAUCAUUCGUUUAUGUUGGAUAAUAAAAAAGUUAGCUACUUUAACAACUAGACAUGCUCUUCAACAAUACACGGUGUUUUUAAAUAAGUGCGACAAACUUUAAGGGGUAAUUCUACAUGAAAAAAUAAUGCAGUUGGCUUUAUAAACGUAUGUCCGCAAAUAUUUCGUUCCGAGAUCCGGGAUGUUGAAUUGUUCCUUACAAACUGACGAUUUAUUUAUUGCUUUAAAACUAGUUGAGAUAUGCAAAUGAAAUUUGGUAGGUUUUAAGAGAUAGUUAUUGCGGAUUUUUUGACAUAAAAUUAAGAAUUUUAUAUUUACCAUUAGCGUGCAUACGGGUAAUAUGAUCGGUUAUAUUACAUGUAUGCGCGCUAAUGGUGAAUAUUAAAUUCUUAGUUGCAUGUCAAAAAAUGUGCAAUAACUACGUCUUAAAACCCACCAAAUUUCAUUGGCAUAUCUCAAUCGGUUUUAAAGCAAUAAAAUAAAUCGUCAGUUUGUAAGAAAAAAUUCAGCAUCCCGUAUCUCGGAAACGAAACAUUUGCGGACAUACGUUUAUAAAGCCAACUGUCAUUAGUUUUUCAUGCAUAAUUAUCCCUUAAAGUUUGUCGCACUUAUUUAGAAACACCGUGUAUUGAUGAAGAACAUGUCUAGUUGUUAAAUUUAUUAUCCAACAUAAACGAAUGAAUAAAAAAAAACAGAAUGUCAAGAAACCCUGAGGCUAUAGUUGGGUUUUAAUUUCAGUAUUUUAUAAAUGCUAGAAUAUUCUUCAGGGUGAUGCGAACUUUGAGAAAAAAACACAGUUUGAUUGGUACACCCGGUAUUCAAUGAAAAUUUACCUGUUAAGCAGCAAUAUUAUUACAGUGGUAUUUUUAAAGAAUCAUACUAUAACAUGUUUAAAAAAUCACUUAAAUCGGCCAACAGGUUUAGGAAAUAUGAGACAUCAAAGUGGCCAAAUUUUUAGUGAGCCGAUUUCUAUGCACGUAAGUUUAUUUCAUCAAUUACAUUAAAAUUUAUUAAACUUUCCUACAUCCCAAGAAAUAUACAAAGUAAAAAAUUAUUUUUUAUCACGGAACCAACCAAAUCAAGCUCAAAAAGAAGUAUACAAUCAGUCAAAACUGCCUACUUUUGUCAUUGUACCUAUUUAGAGUAAAGAGACAACCUCAUUCAGUCGCAGUAUAAUUGUUUCGUAUUUUUUUAAAGCCAUAAAAAGGCCGUACAAAGAUUUUAUGACCUGUUCUCUGUUCGAUCUUAUUUCUAGAUCAGGAUUUAGGCUGCUGUCGAUCCAACAUCCCAGGUACUUAAGUCUAUUGACCUGUUCUAAAAUGUGCCCAUUUAUUGUGCAAGGUUGUGGUACGUUUUGGUUUUUUUUAAUUUUUCUUUUCAUACCAAAUUGCUCACAUAUCUGAGACCUAUGUCUUAAAUAGUGCUCUUUUUUCUUCUAUACAUAGCUUUCUCCCUGUUCUACAGUAUUUGUCCGUAUUCAAUAAUUUAAAAAGAUAUUCAAAAAAAUGCUUAUUUUGUGUUUCUUAGGUCCCAACUGUAAUGUUUUUAAAUAUUAUUUUAGUUUUGUACAUAGAAAAUAUGCAGAUACUGGUAUAGUUGAAAUUUUGCAGUUUAUUGAUUUUUAUCUACUAAUACGGUUUGUAUAUAGUAUUAAAUUUUUUAGACUAUUAAGGUUUUUGUAUUAUAAAAGGGAUACCGAAAUGAUGAUAUAGUGGAACUAAUUGUAAAGUGAUAGCUAUUUUCACUUACAUUGAAAAAAUGAAAUAAAAUUUUCAAUAGUCA